AUGAUAGUUUCGAGAAAUUAUAGAGCAAUGAAUGGUUUUCCUCAGACAGACUCUUCCCGAAACAACCCUUUACAACUCGAUCCAAUCAAUCCCGAAGAAUUUCAACGUUUACGACCGAUUGCAUUUUGGUCAUGUGUGCUUUCAUUCAUUGUUGACAUCGCACUGGGCGUAACCGCUUUUAUUAAUUGCAUACGUACAGAGUCCUUCGUUGGCUUCUCAUAUUCUGUACAUACAUUCAUGGAUUCAAUGUGUACGGGUUUCGUUUCUUGGCAUUUACGAGGAUCAACAAUAGCAGAUAGUCAACGUCGUGAUACAUUAGCUUGCUGUGUCAUUGGCGCACUGUUUAUUGGAUCGUUUCUUGCAAUUGAAAGUCGUGCGAUACAAAGUAUGAUAUCCCCACCAACCGUUCGACCAGAUAGGACGGUGGUGAUCUAUUCAUUUAUUCACAUUAUUGUAUUUACUGUGUUGUCGAUCAUUAAAAUACGUAUCAGUAAAAAAAUUCGGUCGAAAUCCUUAAAAUUCGAUACAUUGAAUUCAAUCAUCGGAAUCAUUAUGGUUUUACCGUUGAUUAUUUGGGACCGUGUAGUGUUUAUAAACAAAGUGACACAUCUCGAUGAUCUGAUUCAAGCACUGAUGGCUUUAUUUCUGUUUGUUGCGGGUGGAAAGUUAAUUCUAGAUUCAAUCACAAUCAUGAACACUGAAUACGAACGGAAAAUUCGAGAAGGAAAGGUAAAAAAGAUGUUAGAAGAAACGGAUGAAGAUGCCAUAGUGUUGAGCGGAAUCAAAGCAACUAAUUAUGAUAUUGGCACGUAA